AUGGCCGCUCCCGAUGUUGAGUUCCGUUGCUUCGUCGGUGGCCUCGCUUGGGCCACCGACGAUCGGUCUCUCGAGAGGGCCUUCAGCGAGUUCGGCGAGGUCAUCGAGUCGAAGGUACUGUUUUCUUCUUCAGAUCGCGUUCUGAGGUUUUUUUGUUGUUCGGUCUGUCCGAUCCAAUGGAUCUGACUAGGAGGUUGGAUGUUCUGCAGGUUAUCAAUGACCGAGAGACCGGAAGGUCCAAGGGCUUCGGCUUCGUGACCUUCAGCAACGAGCAGGCGAUGAACGACGCCAUCAAGGGGAUGAAUGGCCAGGAUCUGGACGGCAGGAGCAUCACUGUCAACCAGGCCCAGUCCCGAGGCAGCGGUGGCUUCCGCAGCGGCGGCGGCGGCGGUUACGGCGGUGGCUACGGCGGGCAACGCCGCGAGGGCGGUGGCUACAGCCGCGAAGGCGGUGGUGGUGGCGGCUACAGCCGCGGCGGCGGGCGCGACCGUGGUUACGGCGGCGGAUCUGACCGCUUCUCCAGGGGCCAGGACGGUGGCUCGGACGGGUACUGGAGGAGCUGA